GCCACAUUCACCUACACCUCUAUACAUACAAACAGAUCCCUAAGUGAUAUAACCAUAUUUUGCCGGCGACGCUAACUGCAUUCUAUCGUUCGACUUCAGUGCAGUUGGACGGAAUACCGUUUUAUCACAGCUAGUGCUUUUGAAUGCCUUCGAACGAAUAAGUGUGUUUUGCAGAUAGCAAUAAAAAUGGAGCAGGGAGGCGGUAUAUCAAUAAUAUCGCCACCGAGUCUUACGGACAACAACGUCGGCAAGACAAAGAGUAACGGACUGACUUCAACCACUGCCAACCGCAUCAUGAGCGCCAAGGAAAAACUUCGCGUACCAUGGACCAAACCAGAUGGCUCAGCAGUGGAGUGGAUUAAAAAAGGCGUUGCCGAAAUGAUUGGCACAGCGAUAUUGGUGUUUCUGGGUUGCUUAGGAUGCGUCGGCAGUUUGGGAAACGUACCGUCUUAUCUUCAAAUGUGUCUCAGCUUUGGUUUCGCUGUCGUCAUCGCAAUCACGUGUGUGGCUCACAUUAGCGGCGCACACAUAAAUCCAGUGAUUACGGUGGGAGCAGUCGUUUGCGGACAACAAUCCUUACUAUCCGCUCUAGUUUACUUCAUGGGCCAGACAGCUGGCGGAAUCGUAGGAUACGGCUUACUCAAGUUGAUCACCCCAUCCGACUACCUGCACGGCGGCGACCCAUUGACCGCCUCGAAUUUCUGCGUAACAAUGCUGCAUUCGAAGGUGUCGUUAUUGCAAGGCUUUCUGGCCGAGGUACUUGCCACCGCAGUGCUUGUGUUUAUGUCGUGCGCGGUCGGCGACAUACGCAACUCCCGCAACACCGACUCCACGGCCAUUAAGUUUGGCUUGGCCGUUGCUGGGCUUUGCUUCGGCUUUGCGCCCUACACUGGCUGCAGCAUGAACCCUGCGAGAUCCUUUGGACCGGCUUUAUUCAACAAUCAGUGGACCGACCACUGGAUCUUCUGGUUUGGUCCGUUUGCCGGCGCCUUGCUUGGCUCGCUGCUGUACAAAACUACGUUCAUUCAGAAAAGCAAGCAGGAGAUUACUAUCACACCUGAGAAUGGCGUGUAAAUUUGUGAAUAUCAGAUCCGUCAGGUCAAGGAACCUAUCUACUAUUAGUCAGAUAAAAAAAGUUUGAAAGCAAAAUACAACGUUUGUUAUCUGUCGGGCAUACGAAAAACUGAACUCAUUCAAAGAGAAAAAAUUUAAUAGAAUCAAUGAUCUAUACGUCGAGAUCCACUAAACGCUGAAUGCUGACAGUCUUCUUUUAGCCACUGCAUGAGAAAAUAGGAAUAUAGAAGAAGAAAAGAAAACAAGUUGUGGAUGUGUGCAAGGCUGGGCGUUGAAAAUAUUUUCGAGGAAAGUUGGCAGACGUCAACCGGAAGGAAACCUGUUUUAUUUAGCUUUUGACUAUACAAUAUAUCUUUUUAACUAAGCUUAUAAGAUAAUUUUAGAAUUGGCGACAUUAUUAUUUAAUCUCGCAUAUCGAUUUUAAUAAUCAGGAUUGUUUGCUUGUCAAAAUUAUUUAUGAGUCUGUGAUUUUCAUGUUAGAUAAAAAAAAUAUAAACUCAAACAAAAAGCGGAAAAUGUCAUUUUAGUAUAAGUGCUUCUUGUAAUUGUCGGUUCCAUAAAAAUGAUUUAUUUUUAAGGUUAUUGUUUAUUUGGUUAGAAAAUUAUUCAUCAGUAAAAUGUUAAUCAAUAUUUAUUUACUAUUAAAAAUUAGAAAGAUAAACUAAUUAUUACCAUCAAAGAAAACGUGAAUUUCUAUUAAAAAAAAGCAUAGUAAAAAACGAUGUACAUAGUUUUAAAUCAUUCGAUUAUAGGUACUAUAGAUUAAUAUUUUUUAAUUUUAUUAUU